AUGUGCGAGUCAUUGAUUACCGCUUCGUUUGGUCUUGCACCCACCCCUCCACCGAUCAGUGAACAGGUGAUCAAGUGUCCACUUUGUCUCGAACCGUACCGUGAACCAAAAGUAUUGGCGUGUUUUCAUAGCUUCUGUAAGGCUUGUUUGGAAAGACAACUGGAUUGUAAUUGUGCUGAGAAGAUCGUUUGUCCACAGUGCCAUGCCGAGACGCAACUCUCGGUGCAACUUGGUAUCGACAGCCUGUUGAGUGAUUAUGGACUUGAGAAUGUAUUAUCACGUCAGUUGUCAAGCGAUGAUAAUAGAUUGAUCUUUGGUCCACCAAGUUCAAUAUCCUCUUCACCAUCGCUCAGUGAUUCACCAUCAUAUGAUCACAAUGGCAUCUCUAGUAGCAAGAACAGUAACAGUAAGAAGAGGGAAUGCUCAUCACCGGCAAUAACAACAACAAUAAACUCGUCACAGUGCACUGGAUGUAAGUCAGGUGAACGUGCGAGUGCAUUCUGUAAGGAUUGCACACAUUAUCUGUGCUCGAACUGCACGAAUGCGCAUCAUAAGACAAUUGAAUUGAAUGAACUAAUUGAAAUGAAUAAAACGGGCAAAAUAAUAAAAUUUAAGCAUCGAAGGGAGCCAUUAGAAUACUUUUGUGUGACGUGCAAUCUAGCAGUCUGUAAGGAGUGCAUUCUAAAUGAUCACCCAUCGGCAACACAUCAGUACGAACCGAUCAGUGAUGUGGCUGAUCAGCAGAUGAACAAAAAAUGUAAUGUCAGCUGUAAAUUAAAAAUGGGAUUAUUUCGUUUCUUCCUUUAUGUGGUAGAUAGGACACAAAGCCGUUUGAGAGAUUCAUUAUCACGUGCGAAUGAAACCGUAGAUGAAUCGUCACAAACGUUGAUUCGAACAAUCGACGAGUUGCGUCGACAGAUUAUUAAGGAAUUGGAUAACGUAUAUACUGCUCGUCAACUGCAGUUAACAUUCCUUGAUAAGAAGGUUCAACAAAUGUCCGAAAAACUAGCACAGACAAUUGAGUUCACCGAGCGUCUGAUGAAAUAUGCAAGUCCAACAGAAGUGAUGGUAUUCAAGCAGUUAUUACAUACUCGUUUACAAGUCUUUUUAUCGUUCAAUCCUGACUACAAUAUCAUCCUUCAAAACAACGCCGAAUUAGCACUACCACCUUUGAAUGCCGAAUUAGCACGUCAACAACUCAUCGCUCUCAUGGUAAAGUGUAUUCUAAUUAAAAUUAAGGAUUACGUUCAACACCAUCGACAUCCGUUACACCAGNCCGAAUUAGCACUACCACCUUUGAAUGCCGAAUUAGCACGUCAACAACUCAUCGCUCUCAUGGGAUUACGUUCAACACCAUCGACAUCCGUUACACCAGCAACUGCGAAUGAUUGGCCAUCGAUAUUAACAACUGAAAACACCUUGAUAGGUGCACCUCUAACGAAUGGUAACAACACUUUAUCAACCACCAUACCAAUACCGUUGAAUAAUGCGAAUACAAACGCAAAUAGUGACGGUCUGCCUCCAACCCCGAUCGGACGUCCAUCCAGUCGUUGUAGUCAGCAACAGCUGUUUGCUGCAGGGUUAGGAGGGAUGGGUUUGGGACGUUGUUCAUAUGGACUAUCAUUGAUGAGUCAACCACAACAACAGCAAAUACUGCCAUUAUCACUGAACAGUAAUUAUUCGGAUUCGAAUUUAUUGCGACCAAAAAAUGAUUUGGGUGGAUCGAGUCAGAGUUUAGGUAAUGUAAAUAGUGCAUUCAAUAUGAGUGCUGGUAUUGAUGGCGUGUUUGCUAGUAGUCAACAAUAUGAGAAAUGGAGUAUGGGGCUGGACCCGACCGCGAACAAUACUCUACAGCUUUCGGAAGCAGCUGAUGUCAUUGACACGAAUGAAAAGGUUGGUUGUUUGUUCAUGAGUGCACUUGCUUUAUCGAAUCUGAACAUAGCAAGCAGGAUGAGAAGAGAAUUGUUCAUAAAUAAAACAAAUGAUUUACAGUUCACAGAGCCAUCCGGGGUGGCGGUGAACGCACAGAAUGAUAUCAUAGUUGCUGAUACGAACAGUCAUCGCAUACAAGUAUUCGAUAAAGAAGGCAGAUAUAAAUUCCAGUUUGGUGAAUGUGGUAAACGUGACGGUCAGUUGCUCUAUCCGAAUCGUGUGGCUGUGAAUCGCGUAACCGGUGAUUUCAUCGUAACCGAACGCUCUCCCACUCAUCAAAUUCAAAUUUAUAAUCAGUAUGGUCAGUUCGUUCGUAAAUUCGGUGCCAAUAUCCUACAACAUCCUCGUGGCGUGUGCGUUGAUCAUAAAGGCCGUAUCAUUGUUGUUGAAUGCAAGGUGAUGCGUGUUAUAAUAUUCGACAUGCUCGGUAACAUCCUGCAAAAGUUCAGUUGUUCACGAUAUUUGGAGUUUCCGAAUGGUGUAUGCGCAAACGAUAAGCAAGAGAUACUUAUAUCAGAUAAUCGAGCGCAUUGCAUCAAGGUGUUCAAUUACGAUGGUCAAUUUGUACGUCAAAUUGGUGGUGAAGGAAUUACGAACUAUCCGAUUGGAGUGGGUAUUAACUCAGCUGGUGAAGUGGUUGUUGCUGAUAAUCAUAAUAACUUCAAUCUUACUGUCUUCAGCCAGGAUGGUCACAUGUUGUCAGCACUUGAAAGCAAGGUGAAGCAUGCACAAUGCUUCGACGUUGCAUUGGUAGAAGAUGGCUGUUCGGUUGUUGUUGCAAGUAAAGAUUAUCGUCUUUACCUCUACCGUUAUGCAUCCAAUUGA